AUGGCUGUUGGCUGUACUCUUACAAGCACAUUUUACAAGCUGAAUUCCAACAGCAACAAACAAGGGCAAUUCCAUUUAUGGAACCAUGUAUCUAAUCAAGGCAAUACUUCUGUCAGCAGAGACUUCAGUAAACUUGAUGCAGAAUUGCCAUCUGGCUCCAGUGAUGGUCUUAUAAAUGUAGGCACUCCUAAUCCUGCAGGACAUUCUUUUACGAAGAGAUACUACCCUGUUUCUUAUCCAGAAACUAAGAAGACCGCCUUCGAAAAGAACUGCAGAAAAGAUGACGGAGACUGUCUCAAAAAGACCAGUGAAGUUACCACUUCGGAUUCUUACCUUGCUACGGAUAGUAGCAGUGAUGACAUACAUUCGGCAAGUAAAUGGAAGCCGAAGAAAAGAAACGUUAACGCAGAAAACAAGCAUUUAGUAGAAGAAAAGGAAGUGACUGAGACUGAGAAAAGAAAUAUAACUUUGCUGAAAUAUUUCAAAGAUCUAAAUCUUAACAUAAAGACAGACCCCUUCGCGGACCAGGAAGAUGCUCCCUCUUCGCUUGAAAAUGACAUAUUUCCCUACCCUGAUUUCCUUCCUUCGCCCUAUAAUAAUCUGGAUUUAAAAAAAUUCUCGUUAUCCAAGUCUGAUAGUUGGAAAUCAUCUAUCAAUCCACCGCUUAACGACUCCCUUGAUAAAAUUGUCUCGCGUCUUGUAGAAAUGGAAAGGUUACAGCACUUAACUAUCUCGAGAGAAAAGAAGAGAGAGGCUGCUGCUGCAGUUGCGGCUACUAGCAGUCGUUCGAUUCCUACCAAAGAGUUACACCAGUCGAAACCGCCAAGGCCCCUCGAUUGCUUGUGUUGCCUGUUUAGGCCAGAAAAGGACGCUACAAAAUGCACUUGCCCACACUGUCACGGUCACAAGAAUUCUGCAACCUCUAUACGUUCGUCCUCAAAGCCCUCGUGAGCAUCAUGCAAUAGCGUUGCGGUUAUUGCAACGUGCAAUAUUGAAUUAGUGCAUCAGGAUUCUGAGGAAGAGGGGGGGGGAAAGCUUUUUAAGGGAACUUUCAGCAAACGGAGGAUGGCAGAGGAGUAGGAAUGAGGUGCCUAGGAUAUGGAACGGAAACAUUUGUGUAGCAAUAAGAUUUAGUUGCUUGUUUCUUCCAUAAAGAUUAUGUUCUUUGAUGACCUUAAAUUGGCAUUAAAUUGUUUGCACAGAUAAAACAAUAGACAGGCCCGGCAAAGCUUUCAUGGACAUUAUUACUGUGUUGGACUACUCUGAAAUCUAGAAUCACAGCCUAUCUGAAAGAUGUAUAUUGCAGCUUAGUGAUUACCUCAUUGUGUUUCAAAGAGGGAAUAAACAUUAAGUUGAAGAGUAAAAAAUUGCUAUAUUUGAGGAAAAGUGCUAUUGCUUUACUGACAAAAUAUUGUUAUUCUUUUUUAAGAUUCCUUUUACAACCAGUGUGGUAACUCUUAAAAUUAUAUCUGUAU